AUGGCACGCACAUCCGUGUCGUCCCUCGCGCAGGAGAUUUCUCGUCAUCUAAAUUUGAUCAGCGACCAGGAAAUCACCGAGAGGUCUACGCGGAAGCACCUCGAAGAAGAGCUCAGCACCGCUCCUCUGUUCUCCGCGCUCGCUCAGCAGGUCAUCGAGAGCCAAUACCAGAACGAGAACGAGAAGAACGAAGAGAAUCGAAAAGUGUAUUCUCAAUACGGCCUUCUGGGAUUGCGAAAGAAAGAUGGUCACUCGCAAGUCAAUCAACAUAACUUGAUAUAUGCCAACGUUGCUGCGCCUUGGUCGUCGUUCAUCUGUGGCAGCCAGGGUAGUGGUAAAAGUCAUACUUUGUCUUGUUUGUUGGAGAAUGGGCUGAUCAAUUCAUCGCCGGCUGGAAGCCUGUCAUCUCCUUUGGCCGGUAUGGUGCUGCACUAUGACAAGUUCACGGCGUUCGGCAGUACUCAGUUUUGUGAGGCCGCGUACUUGUGCUCAUCUGGGAUUCCAGUGCGUGUCCUUGUGUCGCCAACCAACUACUUCGCCAUGAAAGAGGCGUAUGAGAAUCUUCCUGGCCUGGGAGAUGCGUCCAAGUUGCUUCGCGUGGUGCCCAUGUACUUGUCACAAAAGCACUUGAAUAUCAGCGUGAUCAAGACCCUGAUGGGGAUCAGCAGCGGGCCCAACCAGCCUUUGUAUGUUGAAUUCAUCAUGAAAAUCCUUCGCGAUAUGGCUCGAACCAACCAGGGUCGCGGUCAUUUCGAUUACAACGAGUUCAAAACACGGAUAGAAAACGAGGAGUUCGUCAGAGGCCAGACCCGCCCGCUGCAGAUGCGUCUCGAUGUGCUUGAAUCAUUCUUCGAACCGGGAACUGUAAUGGUUAAAGGAAAAGCGCCUCAGAAGGCACCAUAUGACAUCUGGCAAUUCGACAAGGGAUCCUUGACUAUUGUGGAUUUGAGUUGUCCUUUUGUUGGACGUGAUGAUGCUUGUGCUUUGUUUAACAUCUGUGUGUCGUUAUUUCUAAAGGAUCGAAAGCACGCUGGACGCAUGAUUGCUCUCGACGAAGCGCACAAAUUCUUGACAGACACUGCCCCCGAAGCGAUCGAACUCACGGAGACUCUCCUGUCUAUUAUCCGCCAGCAACGCCACCUGGGCACGCGAGUGAUGAUAGCUACACAGGAGCCCACGAUGUCACCGGCCCUCUUGGACCUCUGCAACGUCACCAUCGUGCAUCGGUUUACUUCGCCUGCCUGGUUUGCCGCUAUUAGGAAACACAUUGCUGGCGCGUCAAUAGGCGACGAAAGCGAAUCCAAAUCGGUUUUCUCUGAUCAACUUUUCCAGCACAUUGUGAAGUUGAAGACCGGUGAAGCGCUGGUAUUUUGUCCCACUGCGCUGCUCGAUGCUGUCUGGGAAGGAAGUGGCAGUUCUAGCACCACCUAUUCCGAGGCCGAUGAAGAUAGUGAUUCCGGUGUCGAAAUCAAUGCCCAGAGUGUCUCACAGCUGGGCCCCCGGUACUUUAACCUCAGGGUUCGGAAGAGGGUGACUACGGAUGGUGGACGAAGUCAACUUUCCAAGUGA